CACACCGCCCGCUCCCACGCCGUAUUCCCCCGCGCACCGCAGCCGGCACCGACUCGCCUCCUCCGCGGGGCGCCGAGCCAACCCAGGAGCAGGAUGCGAACGUGAGUGUAGAGCCAGAAGUCAGCAGCGCUUGUGAGCCCAGCCUCAUCUCCUCGCCAGUCUGGGACCUGCAGCCGCGUUUGACAUCAGAUUAACAUUCUGUGGAAACAAGAAUUUUUCUCACCAUGAAUAUUAAGAAAGAAGAAAAAUGCAGAAGCCAAGAUUUUCAAACCUCUCAGGCCUUCGUGACGCUUUGUGUGCUGAUGCUGUUUCUUCCAGUCAUAAGAACUUCUAAAAUAAAUAUUCCCCGGCUUAAACUUCCCUACAAAGACUUGCUGCUUUCAAACAGCUGUAUUCCAUUCACGGGUUCAGAAGAGGGACUGGAUUUCCAAACCCUACUGUUAGAUGAAGAGAGAGGCAGGCUGCUGCUUGGAGUGAAAGAUCACAUCUUCCUGCUCAGUUUGGUUGACUUAAACAAAAAUUUUAAGAAGAUUUACUGGCCUGCAGCAAAGGAGAGGGUGGAAUUAUGUAAAUUGGCUGGGAAGGAUGCCCAAACAGAAUGUGCAAAUUUCAUCCGGGUUCUUCAGCCCUACAAUCGGACACACAUUUAUGCCUGUGGUACUGGAGCAUUUCAUCCUAUUUGCGGAUAUAUUGAUCUUGGUUUUCACAAAGAGGAUGUAACGUUCAAACUGGACACACAUAAUUUGGAGUCUGGUAGACUGAAGUGUCCCUUUGAUCCUCACCAGCCUUUUGCUUCAGUAAUGACAGAUGAAUACCUUUAUGCUGGAACAGCAUCUGAUUUCCUGGGGAAAGAUACAGCAUUCACCCGGUCUCUCGGGCCUUCUCAUGACCAUCAUUAUAUCAGAACUGAUAUUUCAGAACACUACUGGCUGAACGGAGCAAAAUUCAUAGGAACGUUUCCUAUACCGGACACCUACAACGCUGAUGAUGAUAAAAUAUAUUUCUUCUUCCGAGAAUCAUCUCCAGAUGGCAUUACCUCUGAUAAGACAGUCUUGUCUCGAGUUGGACGAGUUUGUAAGAAUGAUGUCGGAGGCCUCCGUAGUUUGAUAAAUAAGUGGACAACUUUCCUCAAAGCCAGGCUGGUAUGUUCAAUACCUGGCAAUGACGGAGCAGAUACUCACUUUGAUGAGCUUCAGGAUAUUUUUCUACUUCCUACAAGAGAUGAAAGAAAUCCUGUGGUGUAUGGAGUUUUUACUACAACUAGUUCUAUCUUCAAGGGUUCCGCUGUGUGUGUGUACAGCAUGGCUGACAUUAGAGCUGUUUUCAAUGGUCCAUAUGCUCACAAAGAAAGUGCUGACCAUCGUUGGGUGCAGUAUGAUGGAAGGAUUCCUUAUCCCCGGCCUGGUACAUGUCCGAGCAAAACCUAUGACCCACUGAUCAAAUCAACACGGGAUUUCCCAGAUGAUGUCAUUAGCUUUAUAAAGCGUCAUCCUGUGAUGUAUAAAUCAGUGUACCCGGUCUCAGGAGGACCUUCCUUUACUAGAAUCAACGUGGAUUACAGAUUGACCCAAAUUGUGGUGGAUCACGUCAUGGCAGAAGAUGGCCAAUAUGAUGUGAUGUUUCUUGGAACAGACAUAGGAACGGUACUAAAAGUUGUCAGCAUUACAAAGGAGAAGUGGAAUAUGGAAGAGGUAGUCUUGGAAGAGUUACAGAUAUUCAAGCAUCCUUCAGUAAUCCUGAAUAUGGAGAUGUCUUUGAAGCAGCAACAAUUGUACAUUGGUUCCAGAGAUGGAUUGGUUCAGCUUUCUCUGCACAGAUGUGAUACGUAUGGGAAGGCUUGUGCAGACUGCUGCCUGGCCAGAGACCCCUAUUGUGCUUGGGAUGGAAAUGCAUGCUCUAGAUAUGCUCCAACUUCAAAAAGGCGAGCAAGGCGGCAAGAUGUAAAAUACGGAGACCCAAUCACACAAUGCUGGGAUAUAGGAGACAGUAUUAGUCAUGAAACUGCUGAUGAAAAGGUGAUUUUUGGCAUUGAAUUUAAUUCGACUUUUCUGGAAUGUAUUCCUAAGUCCCAGCAAGCAUCUAUUAAGUGGUACAUUCAGCGGUCUGGAGAGGAACAUCGGGAAGAGCUGAAACCUGACGAAAGGGUCAUCAAAACCGAGUAUGGUCUGCUGAUCCGCAGUCUGCAGAAACGGGACUCUGGGCUCUACUCCUGCAAGGCCCAGGAACACACUUUCAUCCACACCCUUGUGAAGCUGACCCUGAACGUCAUCGAGAAUGACCAGAUGGAAAACCCGCAGAGGACGGAACGGGAGGGAGGGCAGGCCCGGGAUCUGCUGGCUGAAUCGCGACUGAGAUACAAAGACUAUAUCCAGAUCCUCAGCAGCCCCAAUUUCAGCCUCGACCAGUACUGUGAGCAAAUGUGGCAUCGGGAGAAGCGGCGGCAGAGGAACAAAGGUGGAGCCAAAUGGAAGCAUAUGCAGGAGAUGAAGAAAAAGCGUAAUCGAAGGCACCACAGGGACGCUGAUCAGUCCCCUCAAGCGAAGACCACGUAGUUUGCUGUUCCCAAGAGGAAGGACACUCACCUGCAAGAAUACUGUGUCCGGUUUUGUACUUCCUCUUGAGGAGAUCAGCUAAUGCUCAGUAACAAUGAUCUGGACUGGAUGGUAAUGAGAUUCAGGCACAUUCGUUUGAGAUCGUCGUGGUAUGACUGCAAUAGUAAACACAGAGUGCAAGAAUCAUCAGCAAAAGAGGGAAUUUCCAUUUUUGAACAGCUUUUCUUGUUUUCAUUAAUUGCUUUAUUUAAUUUUGUUGUGUUGAUAGGCUAGUUAAGGGCCCGUUCUGCUAAUUAUCUCCUUUGGUGGGUGAGGGCUCAUUCCCCUGGAAUAUCAUUAUUGUAGUGUUUGCACAGUGGGUAGAGCUAAAUUCUUAAGACUUCACUCUACUCUUCAGUUUGGUGGUGAGUGGAGUGAUUAUACAAACGCACAGUGACAGGGCCCAUUACCUGACUGCUUCUUUCUGUUGGUCAGAGUCUUCUAGUGAAUAAAGGAGUCUGGAAGGAGAGGGCAUUGUGUAGUAAUUCUUUCUGGCCAUUAGAGUUAUAGUUAAUACAUUGGAGUAGAGUUUAACAGCCUAAAAAACAUGCCAAUCUCCCCACAAUCUCUUAUUCCUAAAGCAACUGAUUUAUUGGGAAGAGUUCAUUUAAAAUGUGUUUUUAAAGUGCAGGUUCAUACAUGCAGGGACAGAGUUUCUUUAAUGCUUGGGGAAUCCUCAGGAUGAAAGGUACUACUUAUUUUGGAGUUUAGAGAAAACUGUGUAAGGUGUGUGUCAGAUUGAGGCUUGGGUUAACCCUGUGGACUUUUGUUAGCCGAAGCAAAGAUAAACAUAAAUUUGGGUUUCAGUAAAGUGACAUUUUCACAUAAAAAGGAAGAAUAAUCAAAAUCUCAAGGAGCCUGAAUAAUUGUCAAUUACAGUCCAACUUCUAAGGAAAAUUGAAAUCCCAGCAAAGUUUUGAAGAGUAAUUUUCUCAGGGAGGAAUCGGGAAGAGUACAAAUCCUAUUGACAUUUAAAAGGAUUUCCCUAGGCCCCUCUUCUAUUUCUCUGCAGAUGUAACAUUUUCUGCCUAUCUUUCAAAUACUGUCGUAAUACAUUUCUCUCCCUUGUUCUGGUAAUGAUUUGGGUAGGCAAGAAGGGUAUAUUAGCUAAUGAGGAAUGAUAUUUGGUGACUUAUAAAGUGUUUACUAAAGGCCUAAAAAAAAACGGAAGGAGUUAAAACAACUCUUUGACAUGUACUGUAUUGUUUUACAGUGGCCUUUUGUAUUUCAGAGAUAAUAUGCAUUGUGAGGCUUAAAGAAUUGUCAUAAUAUGAUUUUUCUUAAAUAAUAGUAAACACCUAUUGUAUAUAAUCACAAUUACUAGGUUGAGAUGAGUGGCUUGAACAUUGUCAGUAUAAUUUAGUAAAUGGCCCUGGUUUUGCUUCUGACUGUUGACUGUGCACAAUUUGUACCAUUUAUUUGAAUGCAACAUAUCUUUCCUUGUAACGCACAACACCCCGUUAGCCCUGCUUGUUUCUUUUGUUCUUCCUUUUAGAAUGUGAAAUAAAAAUUAGCCCCUUCCUCAUAUGGAUGGGGACUUUGAUAAAUUCUCAAACACCAAGGUUUUUCAUAUGUUCCCAACAUUUGGAGUGAAAAGCCUGUGGGAAAGCCAUAGGAUCAGAGAGAAACUCAUUAGAGUGCUGAGUCCCAAGCCUGUAACUCUGGCCUUGCACUUAGGACAUUUUUUCACCAUCUCCCCCUCCCUUGUUCCCUGUCUUGUUUUCUGAGUGUUUUCCAAUUUCAAGUGAAGCUGUUGGUGUGUAUUUUCUUUGAUACACAUCCAUUCCUGCCUAUUUGGCAAUGUUUAGUCUAGGCUAAAAGUAUGAGGGGAAACCAAGAACCAAAGAAGAGUCUAAAAGGAGCAAAAUCUCAAGAGUAGAAGGCCAGAGAAUUAGUAAGAUAUCACUGGAUAAAUGAGCUGUUUUACAUUUUGUCACAAAGCAUGCCAGCCUGACUAGUCAAAGUAAAUUGAACAUCACAUAAACAGAUUUAACAACACCAUAGUAAAUAAAAACCAUAGUUCAUUUCAUAGUAAAUGAAGGAGGUAGAUGUUCUUACAUUGAAAGAGUGCAUUUAAUACAUCCUAAUCGAUGGCCAAAUAUGAAAAAUUCCAGUGAUCUAAAAUAGACUCAAGGUAUAGGAAGUAGAACAUGACUGUCAUGAGAUGUCACUCCACCAUUACCAAAACCGGUAACAACUUAUUUAAAUGUUGUAUAAGAAUUUUAGGAACAUAUAAUGGAAUCUGCCAAUGAACAGCAUUAUUUUAAAUUGUUACUCUACUAAUCAUCUAUAAUCCAAAGUAUAAUUACAUACCUUUGCACACUUUGUAAAUUUCACUGAAUUUAUACAUGAGAUGUAUAUGAUCAACUUUCCAUUACUGGGAUAAUGAGGGGCAUCGAUAAAUGAAUUCCACAGAUUCUCCCAACACCUCAUCAUGGCCAAUAGUUCCAACCUCCUUCACUACCAAGCCUUUUACCAGAGCAGCUAACAAGCUGCUCAGUUGAUUGAUUUGCAUUUCACCUCCUUCCUCUUUCCUGUCCUCCGUGCUGGAGAAGGAGUAAUGAGCAGUGAAAUGGGCAGCAGGAGGGAGAAAAACUAUAAUACCAUUAGUCCUAAGUAACUGAGAGUUAACUGUGUAAAUAAUUUGGUGGUUCUCAAGGUCUUUGUUACCUUCUGGUAAUGUAAGACCAUAACAAGUUUAUUCUUCCCAUUUAAUAACCAUUGAAAUAUCCCAGCAUGCAUGAUACUGUCAAUAUUUUGGGGGGUUUGGUCCUGGAAGAAUUUAGGAUUUGUGAAAACUUGUGUUGUAAUAUUCUUGCAGCUCUGCAACGUAUUAUACUGAUACAAAAACACACUGUUGGAACAGCAUUCCAUAAUUCCUCAAUAGCAUUUUAUCCAAAAUGUGUACGGAAACAUGCACUGUGACAUUAUAGCAGAACUGCCUGUAAGUAGAAUUGAGGUAAGAGAGACCUCAUCUAAUUACAUGAACUAAAAACCAGUAAAGGCUUUAGAGAUCUUUUCUGUAUCUAUCUCUUUUGGUCCUGCAUUUGCCCCAGUGUGACCUAUUGGAAAGGGCACAAGACUGAGAGUUUGAGCCCAGUUCAAAUCCCAGCUUGACCACCAGCCUGUUUGAUUUUAGGCAAGUCUCUUCACCUCUCUGGACCUAAUCUGUGAAAUGGGGAUUAAAAAGAUGGUGCCCCCCAAAUGGGAUGGGGAUUAUUUAGCAUAUAGUAAAUGCAUCAGUUAUUACUAUUACAUAUAGUUUAGCCUAAAACAGCUAACACCAUUUUGGGUGGACUGGGGAGAUGAAUAUCUUUCAUUGAGAUCUAGAGAUUAUUUAGCAGUUCAAAUUAAGACAAAUUAUUGCUAUAGAGUCAGGAGUGAAGGGUGUUAAUCUUGUUUUAGGCAGGUGAAUGGCAUGAAAGAUAGUUGAUGCUUUCCUAUAAUCAGUCAAUCAAUCAGUCAAUGACUUUUGAGUGCUAACUGUGUGCAGAGUGGUUGGGAAAAUACAAUACAACAGAGCUGGUAGAUGUGAUCCCUGCCCACAGAUUGAGAUUCCACAACCCCCUUGGUCUUCAUUCCAGCAUUUUCUCACCCUGGUAGUCAAGAAGUUCUUUCCUUUGUAUAAACGUUCCUGCCCAGUGAGCCUUGAAAACUACUGAUUAACAUCUUUUCCACAACAACCCUUCCUGUUCUUAAAAGCAUUUAUCUCAACCCUUCACUUCCUCCUGCCAAACAGGCCCUAAUCCUUAAUCCUUAGAUUGUGAGCCCACUGAGGGAGAGGGACUGUGUCCAACUUGAGUAACUUUUAUCUACCCCAGGGCCUAGAA